AUGUCUGAACAGGAAAGCUACGAUUUAUGCCUGGUGUCGGAGCAAGGCCCGCACGAGAAGCGUCUGCUCAACGCCCUCCUCAACUCAUACAACACACUGGAGAGGCCCGUGGCCAACGAGAGUGAACCACUCGAGGUCAAAUUCGGAUUGACCUUGCAACAGAUCAUCGACGUGGACGAGAAGAAUCAACUACUUAUAACCAAUAUAUGGCUGUCAUUGGAAUGGAAUGACUACAAUCUGAGGUGGAAUGACAGCGAGUACGGAGGUGUUAAGGACCUCCGCAUCACGCCAAACAAGUUAUGGAAACCUGAUGUGCUCAUGUAUAAUAGUGCUGACGAGGGUUUUGACGGGACAUACCAGACCAAUGUGGUGGUCAGAAACAACGGCAGUUGCCUGUACGUGCCUCCGGGCAUUUUCAAGAGCACAUGCAAGAUAGACAUUACGUGGUUCCCCUUCGAUGACCAACACUGUGACAUGAAGUUCGGUAGCUGGACGUACGAUGGCAACCAGUUGGACCUGGUGCUCAAAGAUGAAGCGGGAGGAGAUUUAUCAGACUUCAUCACCAAUGGAGAGUGGUAUUUGAUAGGAAUGCCAGGAAAGAAGAACACAAUAACAUACGCAUGCUGCCCAGAGCCAUACGUAGACGUCACAUUUACCAUCAUGAUCAGAAGACGGACGCUAUACUACUUCUUCAACCUAAUAGUGCCAUGCGUGUUAAUAUCUUCCAUGGCACUCCUUGGGUUCACAUUGCCACCAGAUUCGGGGGAGAAGCUUACACUCGGAGUCACUAUUCUUCUCUCGCUGACGGUGUUUCUGAACCUGGUAGCCGAGACCCUGCCGCAGGUCUCCGACGCUAUCCCCCUGUUAGGAACUUACUUCAAUUGCAUCAUGUUCAUGGUGGCAUCGUCGGUGGUACUAACAGUGGUGGUACUCAACUAUCACCAUCGGACGGCGGAUAUUCACGAGAUGCCGCAAUGGAUAAAGUCAGUGUUCCUGCAAUGGUUGCCGUGGAUCCUGAGGAUGUCGCGACCAGGGAAGAAGAUCACGAGGAAGACUAUAAUGAUGUCCAACAGGAUGAGAGAGUUGGAGCUGAAGGAACGUUCCUCCAAGUCUCUACUGGCGAAUGUUCUGGAUAUAGACGAUGAUUUCAGACAUGCGCCGCCGCCGCCCAACAGUACAGCAUCUACAGGGAACUUAGGGCCAGGUUUAUCAAACGUAUCAUAUGCACCACAAAAUCAGCAUACAUCGCCCAGGUGCUCGAUAUUCCGCACGGACUUCCGGCGGUCGUUCGUGCGGCCGUCCACUAUGGAGGACGUGGGCGGAGGCCUAGGAGGCCACCACCGGGAGCUCCACAUGAUCCUGCGGGAGCUCCAGUUCAUCACUGCCAGGAUGAAGAAGGCCGAUGAGGAAGCCGAGCUAAUCAGCGACUGGAAGUUCGCGGCGAUGGUUGUUGACAGGUUUUGCCUGUUCGUGUUCACUCUCUUCACAAUCAUCGCGACCGUGGCGGUGCUUUUAUCAGCUCCUCACAUCAUCGUGCAGUGAGCCUCUCCUCACUCGCACACACGAGAGAACUAAUCUUAGGAAUCGACCGAUUUAUUAUAUAUAGAUGUAAAAUACUUACCUAAAAUACGUGGUUGAAACGCACACGUCUCAUAACUAAGUCGA